ACGGGCGGGGUCUGCGACUCUCACCUCCCCUCUCUUGACUAGCGUAGUCGCCCCGUAGACGUCACGCCGGCUUCGGUUUCUGCUUCGUCCUUUCAGUCCCGGCGGGUGAAGCCGAGCGAGUUGUUGAGUUAUUGAGUUGUGUUGUACGAAUUAGGGCCGUCUCGUCGCUGACACUUGAAGUCCGAUCAGUGGCUUGUUAGUAUACUCUCCGAUUGCAGUUUCAGUUCGUCCCGCUUUAAGUUGUUUUUCGCUCGCUGUUCGUAUCCCCGUUCAUCCUCCGCGUGCGUGGUUUAGAAUAAUGGCGAGUGAGGAGAACAACGUGCCGGCAGAGGCAAAGGAAUUGGAGGCGACGAAAGUACAGGAGCAGCAGGAGAAAGCCCCAGAAAACGCCGCGGCAGCUCAGCCGGCUGAGACGCCGGCUUCACAGACCGCCCCACAGCCGCCCAAACCAACCGUUCACAAACAGAACUUUGAGCAGGACGUUAUAUAUCUUUACCAGUUCUCCCGCACGCCAUUACUGCCGUCGCUGUCUCCCUUCUGCCUGAAAGUCGAGUCUUGGCUCAGGCUUGCCGGCUUGAAAUACGAGAAUGUGGAUCACAAAAUGAAGUUCCGCUCGAAGAAGGGCCAGUUACCUUUUAUUGAGCUAAAUGGAGAGGAGAUAGCAGACAGCACCAUCAUCCUGAAGGAGUUGGGACAGAAGUUGGAGAAGGAUCUGGACGCAGGACUGUCCAAUGACCAGAAGAACGUCUCCCAUGCUAUGAUAUCCAUGAUCGAGAACCAUCUCAUUUGGGUGGUACAGUGGUGGAGGGCCAAGUACCCAGACAACGUGCUCAAAGGCUACAAGGUGAACCUGCAGCAUGCCCUAGGCUCCAGGAUCCCAAACGGUAUUCUCAACUUCUUUUUCAAGUUCACCUUUGGCCGCAAGGUGAGUGACUACUUGGGGGCCAAGAAAGUGAAAGCUCAAGGUAUUGGAGUCCACAAGCCAGAAGAAAUAAUGGAGUUUGGACAAAAUGAUUUGAAAGUAUUGUCGGACAUGUUGGCUGAUAAACCCUUCUUCUUUGGCGAUGAACCCAAGGCGCUGGACGUGGUGGCCUUCGCGACGCUGGCGCAGAUCUACUUCAUCAACAAGGAGGUCCAGUACCCGCUGAGGGACUUCAUGCAGGACAACUGUGCCAACCUGGUGGGCCACGUCAACAGGAUGAAGGAGAGGUGCUUCCCCGACUGGGAGGACAUCUGCAAGACACUGGACCUCAACUCUCACCUGCCUAAGCCAGAGGAGAAGGAGGCCAAGGGCAAGGAGGAGGAGAAGAAGGAGAAGGAGGGAGACAAGGAGAGUGACAAAGAGAUAGAGAAGGAGAUGGAAAAAGAAAAGUCUGAGGAGGAGAAGGAUGUGGAAGAGAACAAGCAGAAGGAAGAGAAGGAGGCAAAGUGAAAUGUGUGACAGUGUAAUGGAAUUUUGCUCCUGAUGCCCAGUUCCCUAUUCGCCUCAGUUUGUCUUGUCGUUCGGCCGUGUUUGUCCCCAGCUGUGCGUACAGCACCGUGUUCGUUCCCACCUCUGUGAGUUUAUCAUGUAGCUUUUUAGCGACUGUUCAUUUCAUUAAUUUGCUCAGCCCAGUCUCUGGUGCAAGAUGAAACACAUACAAACUUUAGGCAUUAUUUCCUACAGUUUUUAUAAAAGUGUUAGUUAAGGAGACCACAAAAUGGUUCAUUUCAGUAUUUUCACCUGAUGCAUUUUGAGAGUUUCUAGUAGAAUGUGUCUAGUAAGUAGCAUGUUUUUAACAAGAUAUUUCAAUACAGAGUGAAAAAAUUUAGCUCUGUCAGCUCAAUAUCAGACUGUUUUUUUCUCAGCUGAAUGAUCUCAGUGGUGUGUUUGGAUUUUUUAACCAUUAAUUUCUGCCCCAAAGAAAGAUGAUGUGAAAUAAAUUGCCAUACACGUACUAAAAUUUUGUAGUUGCAUGAAAAUUGAAUCGAUUAAAAAAUAUAUAUAUAUAUUUCUCUUGCCA